AUGAACAGCAUACUACAUCGAUUUUUUUUCAAUGUAAAAGAAUUGCAUUACAUAAUUUUAUUCGAUUUUGAAUUCUCAUACGGACGAUUAUUAUACUGCUUAGUUAGCGCCGUGGUGGCAAAAUUAAUAUAUAAUGCAGUGUAUGAUUACUACUUUAGCCCACUCAAAGUGAUCCCGGGACCCAGACUAAACGCAAUUAGUAACAUACCGAUUCGAUCACGAAGACCCGAAGGAAAAGUGUUUGAAUGGUUCUAUUCACUUCAUAAACAAUAUGGACCAGUCGUACGUGUUGGUCCGAGAAUGAUUUUAUUUUCGGAUAAAGACGCCGUUAAACAGAUAAUCGUGACCGAUGAUUUUCCAAAAAGUGAAGAGAUUGUCGGAAUACGGACUGAUUCGUCAUUCCAAACCCUCUUCUCUGCAGAUGACAAAUCCUUUCACAAAAACAGAAGACGUUUAUUAGCUCCGGCAUUCUCUAUCAAAUACACUUCUUCACUCGAGCCUUUCAUGCGUUCGUGUGUCCAAACCCUCGUAGGGCUAAUACACGACGCAGUUAUGAACAAUAACUCUGAGAAGCCAACCAUAAUAAACAUUUAUCAAUGCGUACAAGCAGCUACUUUUGAUAUUAUUGGCGAAACCGCAUUCGGAGAAUCGUUCAGAUUAUUGGAAAACGGUGAACAUCCUUUACCAAUUAAGGUAUUUCAGGAUCUUCGAAGGCGCGUAUUACGUGCAACAUUCCCUUUCCUAAAACCUUUUUUACGACAAGAUCCUUACACUGAAGAAUUUGUCGCCAACAUUAUUCGAGAUCGAGCUGCUCUAAAUGCAAAAGGAGUACGACGUCACGACAUUCUUCAAAUCCUUAUCGAUGCUAGAGAUGAAGAAACUGGCAAGGGCUUGACCGAAUUCGAAAUAUAUGAUCAAGUCAUGGAGUUCUUAAUUGCCGGUGGUGAUACUAGCUCAUUUACAGUCAAUAUGACUUUGAUACUCUUAAUUCAGAAUCCGCAAGCGCUAAAAUCAUUGGUAGCCGAGCUGGAGAAAGCAUUUUCAGACGUCCGCAAUCGCGAUCAAUCAAAGCUGUUUGUUCCAGAUCAUGACACUCUGAAACAGCUUAAAUAUCUUAAUGCAGUUAUCUACGAAACUCUACGCAGAUUUCCUGUUUCUCUUGCUGGUAUUCUCAGGCAAACUAAAACUGAUACUGUAAUAAGCGGAUAUUUUAUUCCAAAAAACACAACUGUUUCAGCAUCCUUUUAUCAAGUUCAAAACUCCAAAGAGCUUUGGGGACCUGACGCUGAUGAAUGGGUACCGGAACGAUGGCUUGAUGCCGACAAAAUACCACGAAAUUGUUUCUAUGGAUUUGGUGGCGGAUCUCGUGUAUGCAUUGGUCAACAUUUUGCUUGGGCUGAAAUGAGAUUAAUAUUAGCUUCUUUGGUGUUGAACUUUGACUUAACCCUAGUACCUGAUCAAAACCUGGAGUUGGUGCAUUUUAUUACUCCCACUUUAAAGACAAAAAAGUUGGAAGUGGAGGUUCGCCUAAGAUGA